AACUAAAUUUAGUACAUAGCUACGUGUUCGUAAGAAAAAUAAAUGGGGCGUUAGCUAUCAACGUUGACCAUUUGAAAAAUAUUUCAAGCAAAGACAUUACAGCAUGCAUGAAUAUAUACUAAAUUUGAAUACGGAUAACACAUAUAUACAUGUAGCAAGUUCAAGUCAAGAUGAAAAUACAUAGUUAAUAUGUUAUCUCUUCAGGAGUUCCAAGUCAGUCAAAAAAGAAAAUCCAUACCUUUAACAUUAAGUAGCCUUUGUCUGUCUACCUUUUAUAGAUGUAGAGAAUCCUUUUGCUGUUUUCACACGUCCAAACGUACGUAUAUAGACUUAGUCGUAACUGAAAAUGCGGUGUCAAUGUAUAAAAGCAGCAAUAUAUAUUGAGAAAAGAACAGCAGGUUUCAUCUGGAGUUGUAUGACCACGUUUCAACUUCUGUUGGUUCUUAAGCAAAUAACCAAGCCACCUAAUCUAACCCACAAUACAAACAACAGAACAAAAAAUCGAAAUCCGCGGCAGGCCAGUUUGUAAACGCGAAUUUCUUCAACCACUAUUUUAUUCUUCAAACACUAAGAAAAUACGAAAUUUCGGAGGAAUUUAUGCUUCUUUACUGGACACAUGUUCAUGGAAAAUAUAAUGUUUCAUAUGAAAGAUAGUGUUUUGGUCUUUAUACAAAAGUAAUGUUAAAACAGCCUAAUUAGCUGUAUAUACGGAGAAUCUCUAUUUACAAAGAGGCGACAAAUGGAUAAACUAAUUGUCAUAUUCAAGGCAGUUCGCAUUGCAUAUAUUUGCGAGUGAGGACGCUUUGAUAUAUAUGCAACACUUGAAAGGCAAGCGAUUUGGGGAAAAGGAGUCGUAUACAAGACAACUGCACAUGACCUCACAAGGAUUUGACGUCUUCGACGAUAUUAGGCUAAGCCAAUAUUUCAAAAAAUCCAUAAGAUGAUAUGCGUAUAAUUGUAUAUUGCACGUCCGAAAAUUAAACGAUCUGUCUUUGAUUAUAACCGAGGGAACUUCGACGGUCUUCGUCCAACUCUAGAGUCGGUUGACCUUUGCGGUGCAGUCUAGUCAGCAGUGGACAUUAACCACGGUUGGUUGAAAUGGAAAGAACUAUUUCUCAGUGGUGUAUGCGGCAGUAUUCCGAUAAAAAAACAUCAGCAACGUCAAUAUUCCGCCUUGGAUCAACGGUGAGAUAAUCCACGCUAUCAGGAAAAAGGAGACCGUGCGUCGGAAAGUGAAAAUAUCGCCAACGGACGUACUGAGAAACAAGUUCAAGGCUUUGCGAUCCAAGGUGAAACGAUUGAUCACUAAAAGUCGUUGUCAGUUCUUCCAAAACAUCAGCGAAGCCCUCUUCAAUAAUCCGAAAAGAUUCUGGUGUGUCUUUAAAAUCAACAGUAAACGUGUCAGUGUUCCAGGAUCUAUGACAAUGGGAUCAAGUGGAUUAGAUCCUGGCUCGGCCUUCUCAGCUUCACGCCCUCGCGACAUAGCAGAACUGUUCAACGACUACUUCCCCUCCAUUGUGUCUGGAAGCGACAAAACAACUCAAACGGACAAUCCAUCCUCGCCAACUGAUAGCAACUUGUCAGAGUUAAUUCUUUCUCCUGAUUAUGUUCUAGCUGCACUCCUCAGCCUCGAUACCAACAAAGCCACAGGUCCGGAUGAAAUACCACCAAGAACACUAAAAGAAUGUGCCCAUCAAAUUGCUCCGUCAUUAUGUCUACUGUUUAAUAAAUCACUCCGACAUGGCUCCUUACCAGAGGAAUGGAAGCUCGCGAACAUCAUCCCCAUCCAUAAAAAAGGUGACAUCUUCAACGUUGAAAACUACCGUCCAUUUUCGCUUCUGUGUGUAACAUCCAAAGUCCUCGAGCGCUGUGUGCUGAGAAAUCUGAGAGAUUAUCUGAUGUUCCUGAUUAACUCCGCUCAACAUGGUUUCAUUCCUGGAAGGUCAUGCACAACCCAGCUAGUCGAAGUUUUCCACUAUAUUGGAUCCAUUUUAGACUCUGGUAAACAAACCGAUAUAAUCUUCAUGGACAUGUCAAAGGCUUUUGACAAGGUAAGCCAUACAGCUCUGAUAAACAAACUCCAACAGUUUAACAUUGGCGGUUCUCUUCUCCAAUGGAUCACAUCGUAUCUACAUGACCGCCAACAGCGCGUCACAAUUCUUGGCGCUACUUCUUCCCAAAAACCAGUGUGCUCCGGUGUUCCGCAAGCAGUAUCUUAGGACCAAUACUCUUCCUCCUGUAUGUGAAUGACUUACCAGACGCUGUAACGAACUCGACAGUUGCAUGUUUUGCAGAUGACUCCAAAAUCUUCCGUAGAAUUGACUCCAUCACCGAUGCUAUGUUACUCCAGGACGACAUCAAUAACCUUCAAUCCUGGUCCAUGUCAAGAGGUCUGGUGUUUAACGAAGGAAAAUGCAAAAGUAUUAGUAUUACCAGACGUAGUCAACCAACCCAUCAUCUAUAUAGCAUCAAAGGCAAAGAACUUGCACUUAUACCAGUAGAGAAGGAUCUGGGAAUUUGGAUUGCGAGCGAUCUAACCUGGUCUAAACAUAUUUUAGACCGGUGUGCCCGGGCCAACAAACUCCUUGGAUUUAUAAAGCGAUGUUCUGGGGAAAUAAGCAACGCGAGGACCAGCCGGACUCUGUAUCUGUCUUUGGUUACUCGAGCCAG